GAAGAGGCAAACAUGGGGGGGUGGGAGAAAGGAGCUGCCACGGACUUUACCUUGAAGCUUUAAGCGGAGAGCGUGUGCAUGUGAUAAGGACAGCAAGCCAUUCAGAGGCUGAGGGGAGGAGCGGGGAGGCAGUGAAGUGGGGGACGACUGGAGGUUGAGUGCUCCACAGUACGAGAGAGGCAGAGGAGGAGGGGAGAGGCUGAAUCACAGGGACAGAGAGCUGGAGUGUGUGAGAAGCUUUGCGCUUCAUGUGUGUUUCUCAGGAGAGUGAAUGAUAUGAGGAUUCCACUUUCUUCUUCACUGGAGGACUUUUUCCUGGAUUUUCUUCCACUUAGUCAGAGCUUUCAGGCUGGAUUGUUUUCCUGUUAUCAACCUCUGUCUGCACAACAGCUGUAUGGUGCAUAACACUGCAAAUGCCGCUGCUUGUCUCAACACGCCUGAGGUCUUGCCACAGGGAAGACUUCCGCCUGUCAUCUUCACUCAAGUUUGCCAGUCCAGGACAUGGUUUCCUGAGCAGCUCUGCCACCUACACACCACAAGGGGUAAAACCAGUCUAACCUGGGCCAUGACUGCUCUGCUUCCCAACAUCAGCGUUCCCGGGAGUACAGCAGUUCUACUGCCGGCUACAGACGCUUCAUUCAACCUGACUGCAGCUGCUCAGGCAGGACUGAGUUCGGGCCAGUCACUGGCUCCUCUCUGCACCCUCUGUUGCUGUGGAUUUCUCAAUCGUACUCUGGCGGUGGUGUUCAUGGUCAGCCUGGCAUUUGCCAUUGUAGUUGGGAAUGUGGUCACCCUUACUGUAUUUGUGCAAACGAGGCAAUCUCGAACACCACAGGGAUACCUGAAAGUGUCUCUGGCCAUAGCAGACAUGAUGGUCGGGGUCCUCGUGGUCCCUUUCUCUGUCUACACUGAGAUCUCUUUGAUGGUGACCAGUGCACCUCCCAUCUGGUACCAGGGUAGAUCCACUUCCCUGGCCACCUCCUCUCCUCUCGGAGGACUGGUGAGCCCGUGGCAGCCCUGCAUGCUGAUUGGCCCCGUGUUUGCAGGAUGCACCUUUGUCUCCAUCAGCACUAUCUUUCUCAUGACGAUGGAGCGAAGCGUGGCUAUCCUACGACCACUCCACAAGGACGCCUUGGUGACCCGCAGACGAACGCUGCUCCUCAUCCUGCUCUCCUGGGCUGCAAGCUUUCUGCUGGCUCUUGCGCCCCUAAUCUUCAGCAGCAACUUCACUUUGGAGUACAACGAGUGCAGCCGUAUGUGUAACUACACCCCACUACUGUUCAGAGGCCAGCUGCCGCCUGAUGCCAACAUUUUGCUGUUAUUCCCAGCAUUUGACUUCACACUGCUUGGGGGCACAUUAGCAGUUAACAUUGUGUCCUUCACCAGCAUCCGACGGUACUCCCGAAAACGCAAACUGCUGUCAGAGGGGAGUCUGAGUGAUGCAGGGGGAGGAGGAGGAGGGGGAGGGUGCCCUCACAGACCCUCCUUUUCAGACAUUAAAGCUGCCAAGACAAUUGGCAUCCUGACAUUCGCCUUCACAGCGUCCUUCUCUCCCAUCGCAGUAUUCGUGCUCGGGAACGUGGUGGGAUACACCUGGUGCAACUUUUCCUUUUUUGCCUUCUGGAUCCUGACAGGAAACAGUUGCUGUAAUGUCAUUAUCUACAGUGUCAGGGACCACCGCUUCAGGAAGGGCGUGACCCUGCUCUUUCAGCGAGACCACUCCCCCCCACAUGGGGAGAAGUCCUGAGGGAUACAUGAAUUUAAAAGCAACAAGCAUAUGGUAUAUGGCUGCUUUCCAGGAAAUUUGAUCCUAAAGAAAUAGUUUCACAUUUUCGGAAAUGUGCAUAUUCUCUUUUUUGCUGAGAAGAAGAUGCCACUGCUGUUUAGUAAAUAUGUAGCAAGAGCCAGGAGCUGGGUAGCUUAUCAUAUGGACUGGAAACAGGAGGGAAACAUUUAGCCUAGUUUCAGUCUUUGGGCCCAUCAGCUAUUGUCUGAUGAUAAUAAAUCCUAACAGGGCAACUGUCAAUAUUUUGCAGGUUCCUUUAAAGCAAGUAUCCAGGCCAAGACGUCUUCUUCUACAAGGCAUUGCCAACAAUUUGAUAGCAACUUGACUCUGGACACCAUUUUAGCAUGUGUAUGCAGAUAAAUAAGAAAAAACAAAACAAAUGAAAAGCUAAAUUGUCACCAGGCAAAAGCUAGUGGUUUUGAAGAUUGCAUUUCAGGCCAGUACAUUCUGCAUCCUUUUCUUCUCAACACGAACCAUUUACCUGCAGGCAACCAAAGCUGGCUCACACAUGAUUGGUUAAUACUUCUUAGACUACAAACUGACACCAAUACCAAAAUCUGGUCCCAUAGCCUAAAGAUUCUGCCUGUAUAUUAGUGUUGUUAAAAUACUGACACAUAUUGAUCCUGAAUAUUUUGAAAUCUUUUUGAAUAUUUAUACUCAUAUUGCAGUAUCGAUACACCAGUACCAGCCGCACCUCUCCUUCUCUUUUACUGUUAAAGUUCAUUACAGUCAUUCUGCUGCUCUCUGCCACUAACUAAGGAAAGAAAAGGCAUAGCUGUCAUUUUAUAGACUUGUCGUGGGGUUUUUUUAAUACAAUUUUAGAGUUGAUGACUUCAACGUCAUUUUUUUUUAUCGGAAUAGUCAUAUGCUAUGACCUAAAGUUAAAAAAAAUCUGCCUGACAGUUGUGUUGAUAAGAAAUGACAUGCCUCAUUUUAAGUUUCAUGCUGUUACGUGAGAUUUGCUACCCACUGAUUGAGCCAGACCAGUUUGCUUUCCCAUGUUUCCAGUCUUCAUGCAAAACUAUGAAAAACAUUUCCUGGCGACAGCUUCAAAUGUACGUUACAUCCAUGAAAGUGGUCUCAAUCUUCUCAUCUAACUCUUGGCAAGAAAGUGCAUGUUCCAUCUGUCAAAUUAUUUCUUUAAUUUAUAUGUAACUCUUGAAAUUAACACAAAAUAGGCAAUACAAACAUAAAAAGAAAUGAAAUCCUUACUGUGAAUUGUAAAUGGAAGCCAAAUUUAAAAUCUUUGACCUCCAUCCAAAUUUGACCUUCGGACAAUUUGUUGCCUUCCUAUAUCAUCAAACAUCAGAGAGCUUUUAUGAGUAUUUAAAGGACUUUAGGAAAUAAACUAACUACAUCUCCAGGAGCAGUACUGAAAUCCACAAUAACCACAAAGUUCGUGGUUAUUAUGUAAUUUGUGGGUUUGUCAUCAAUUAUUUUACAGUGUGUGUGUGCGUGUGUGUGUGUGUGUGUGUGUGCGUGUGUGUGUGUGUGUGUGUGUGUGUGUGUGUGUGUGUGUGUGUGUGUGUUUUAAGAAAUCUUGCCACUGCUUGCUCUUUGGAAUAAUGUGGAUGACAAAUGUUUUGGUGGAGGAAGCAGGUCAGGUCAUAGAUUUGAUUCUGUUGUGGUGGCCUACAUGAAUUUAUUUAAUCUAAUUUCAAUCUGUUGUGAUAAUAAUCUGCCUCAAGUAUCAGAAAUGCACUUUAUCAGUUACAACGUGAGCCAUUUGCUGUUUAUUUUUUAGCAUUUAUCUUUUAAACAUUGGUAAUUUCUGUUUAAGCAAAUGUGAAUAAAAGAAUAAUUUAAAUAUUAUCAAAUCAGUAUAGACUAAAUGAAUGGGAUGCCAACCACAGAGAUUUAGCAUAAAGAGCAUUAUGAUUAUAGCAGACCCUCAUACUGUGCCGGCCUAUCUUUUCAGGGUAUAAUGUAUAUGUAACAUUAAAUAAUCUCACCAGUGUGUCAGCAACAAGUCUUGUGUAUUGUUUGGAAUUCUGUAUUGUACAAUUUGACAAUAUAAUAUAUAUAUAUAAAUGAGGGUGAAGAGCAUUUUGCAGCAUAAAAUGGCCAUAUUUUCAUUUAUGAUAAAAUUGCUGUAUUGUUGCAUGUGAUUCGGUCAUAACUGACAGACCUUUAAAAUGGUAACAAUUUAGCUACAGAAUCAACAAUAAAAACCUGACUAACCUAACUAAUACACACAAUAUCAACAUAAAAAUAAAAGACACACAUAUUUUUUCCCAUUGACCCGGAAGUGCCCAUAAAAGAAGCAGUUUCACAUUUUGGAAAAUAUGCUUAGUUGCUUUUGUCUCCACUUACUGCUGCUGAACAAAAAUGAAGGCAAAAUAACCCAGACCGGGCUGCUGCCAUGUUGAGCUGGUG